AACUCCCGCCGCCGCUACCGCCGCCGCCGCUGCUGCCUCAGCCGCCGCCGUCACUGGAACGCCGCCACCACCGCCUCCUGCUCCGGAACCCAAGGGCUCACACCCGGGCGAUUGUGCAUUUUCUUCCCAAAAAUUACAAUUACAGAGUCAAUCGGUUGCAGUCACUGUUCACUCCGCGUUCGCUCGGUGGUGUAACGUUCACUCAAUUUUUUUUUCCCUCCCACAUCGUUUCUCUUACACGAUUUUUUUCAGCCUCUCAUACAAAAGGAGGCUUUAAUUCUUUUUUUUUUAUCCUAUUUUUUCACAGCGAUCAACCUCGCCUCGAUCAUUAUUUUCAUCAUUUUUUUCCGCAUCGAGUAUUAUAAUUCUUUGUUCAUUUAUUCGUUCGUCCAGCAAAUCGCGGAGAAUAUCUAACAUUCAAUAAUAUUUGCUAAUUUUGUGCAAUUUGUGCAACGGCUCGAAUAUUUAUUGCGACACUUAUCCAAAUUGAUCUUGUUUAUCGGUGAUUAGUCGGUCAUGUGCCGAAGACACAAGGAUUAUAUCGUAUCGACAGCGAGAGUGAUUACUUGGUGUGCUGAGAAUGAAGAAUAAUCAUGCAAGUGCAUCUCAAAAUAAAUCAUGAAAAACGAUCGCGCGGUAUGAAAUGCUGCUGGGACCUUUCAUGUAAUCAUGGUGAUGCUACGAAAAUCAAUCGAUCGCGAUUAAUUGGUGGAUCACUUCAUUUGCUCUUCUUCCCCAUGAUGAAACCCGAUUUUGUGGGAUAAUUCGACGCAUAUAUAUAUAUAUAUAUAUAUAUAUAUAUAUAUGCGCACCACGUAAUGCCUCUGCGAAUGUGAGAAUCGACGCGUACCUCUUAAGAUUACCGUCAUCGUUGAACCUGCUAUACACGCUAAAUAGAUGAAAUACAGUUGAUCUUCCGAUAAAAAUGGGCUGGUGAUAAUGAAUUUCGCAAUGGACGAUUGGACACGACGAUAUAGUUGUUCACUACGCACACGAACGAAUAUGACGAUAAAAUCAUCGGACUAAAAGUUAUUACGAGUAUCGAUUGGUAAAAAAAUCUAAAGUGCACUUAUACAAGCGUAUAAAUGAAUUCGAUGCAUAUCGUCGCUGUUGAUAUACGGGAUCGUAAAAAUCUGCUAUUACGACUUGUCCCUAAAGUCGAUGCAAUUGCAUGUGCUAGGCGGUCGAUAUUCCGAUAAAAUAAUUUAGGGAUAGUUUUUAUUAAAUUAAUCAUCGUCGUUUUUUUGUAAGCCUGCAUGGACGCUGCGUCGAUUAAAUCCGAUGGAACCUGUUGGCGGGGGGAGGGUGGUAUAUGUAUCGGAUUUUAAGAAGAGAGGCUAAACGACGACACUGGAUUCUCCGAGAGCCUCGCGGACUUUCGAUGCUUCAAUCGUGUUGGCCCAUUUCGAAAUGCAAUUUACCCGCGGAUGAUUAACAGCAUUACCGACACGAACUCCUGGCGGUACUCGAUGAAAAUGGUGGUAGUGCUUAUCGGUCCGUUCCAUCCGAAUGAGAAGAAUCCGUAAAAAAAUUGAGUGAAAAUCGUACAAGGUUAAAAAAUAGCGAGACUGAAAAUUUUUUAUCAGUAAAAGUGCAUGGGAAAUCGUCGAAACCUGAUAAGAAGAACCCGGCGGCAAAAAACACGCUCCGGCAAAGAAAAAAUUUAUUUCGUUUGCGUAUUUUCGAAAUUAUCGAAAUACGCUAUUGAACGAAAUGAUGUGACAACAAAAAGCAAGUCCAUCGAGAUAGGAAGCGCGCGAGCACAUGAAGAAUAAGCCAGAUAAAAGAGAGAGAGAGAGAGAGAGAGAGCAGGGAGGAGAAAAGCAGCGGUGUUGGGGAUAUAAUUCGACGCAAGUCGAGGGAAGAACAUGUCGAUCAACGACAGUGCCAUAUACCUCCUUAAUUGGGACGAUACUUCAUUAUUGGCUCGUGAUUUGAACAAAUCCUUCUAUAACACGAGUUAUAACGAAAGAAACGAAACAUCGGAUGACUUUUGGGAUCUGGCUGGUGAUCGAGCUUGUCUCGCAGCGCUUCUAUUAUUGUUUUCCAUGGUUACGGUAUUCGGCAAUAUGCUAGUAAUAUUCGCGGUAUUCAGAGAACGUUAUCUGCAUACAGCUACGAAUUAUUUCAUAACGUCCCUGGCAUUCGCCGAUUGUUUGGUCGGCCUGGUGGUAAUGCCGUUCAGCGCGAUCUACGAAGUACUGGAAAAUCGUUGGUUAUUCACGACCGAUUGGUGCGACGUGUGGCGUUCGCUCGAUGUAUUAUUCUCAACCGCAUCGAUACUGAACCUCUGCGUCAUAAGCUUGGAUCGGUAUUGGGCGAUAACUGAUCCUUUCACUUAUCCAACGAGAAUGAGCCGUAAAAGAGCAUUCAUGCUGAUUGCUGUAGUAUGGAUAUGUUCGAGCGCCAUAUCCUUUCCUGCGAUCGCGUGGUGGCGCGCCGUCAGAACCGAACAAGUGCCAAAAGACAAAUGUCCGUUUACCGAUCAUCUCGGUUAUCUCAUAUUCUCGUCGACUAUUAGCUUCUACCUGCCGCUCUUCGUAAUGGUUUACACUUACUACAGGAUAUACAGAGCUGCUGUUAUACAAACGAGGAGCUUAAAACUCGGUACGAAGCAAGUCAUGAUGGCAUCUGGUGAGCUUGAGCUGACUCUCAGAAUUCAUCGCGGUGGCGCUACCAAUACUGAUGCAAGGCAUCUCUUUCGUACUGCAUCAAGUACACCCGAAGAUCUUCAGGAUCUCGAGGAGCCUCUCACCGCAAUUCAUAACAAUGGUCUUACGAGAAUGCCCUCUACGAGAAUAAACAGCAAACAACAUCUUGGCAAGAAUUUUUCAUUGUCGAGGAAACUCGCAAAGUUUGCUAAAGAGAAAAAAGCAGCUAAAACAUUGGGCAUCGUCAUGGGGGUCUUUAUCGUCUGUUGGCUACCUUUUUUCGUGGUCAACCUGCUCUCCGGUUUCUGCAGCAGAUGUAUAUGGCAAGAAGAAAUCGUCUCAGCAGCCGUUACGUGGCUCGGAUGGAUCAACAGCGGUAUGAAUCCCGUCAUCUACGCUUGUUGGAGCCGAGAUUUCAGACGAGCUUUUGCCAGAAUUCUCUGCGUAUGCUGCCCUCGCAGAAUGAGGCGGAGAUACCAGCCAGCCUUCAGAUGUAAACCUAGCCAGUACGCAACAGGAAUGGGAGCAGGUGGACAGGCGAGCAGCGUCAGCUACAGUAGCGUGAGCCAGAGCAGCGAGGGUGGUUGUUAUAACGCCAGCGGUAAUUCCCAACCCGGUGGUAUGUGACGACACGCGGGGCCCAGACAAGGGCCGAGACGCGACCGCGCUAUAAGAUUUCGGGACACGUGAUUGUAGGUCAUCAAUGAUGAACCGAUCAGCAUAGAUAACGAAACUACGAAUGAUCUCCAAGUUAUUGUCGCUUCGAGAGACGCGGAAGAAGAGGGUGACGAGGAACAGGCGGCUGACCUCGAGUUAGAUGCCAGAUCCGUAACCUUGACUUUCGAAAACGACGAUAGCAGAGAGACCGUCGUCGUUGGAUCUGCUUUGAUGCUCUUGGAACGUAAAAUCUUCAGGAUGCGAAUGGAAGAUUCUAUAGUUUUCUUGCCUGAAAUACCUGAGGAGGAAAACGAGGAUGAUGAUACACCAGACCGUGAACAACCUCCAAAAUCACUCCCCGUUGAUGUCAGCUUUGUUCCCAGUAUCGAAAGCUCAUAAGCUCUCGCUUCUAUUCUGUGGCCGUGCCAGAAUAAUCUUGUAAAAAAUCCUUUCUCGUUCUUCCUCAAACGCAAACGAGCUACGAGUAAACCAAAUAAAAAUCUUCUCUCGAGUCUCUCGAGGAAUGGAAAAAAAUUGUAAAUUCGCUACACUUUCAGAACAACCUUUUGUUUGUCACUCGACAAACAAAAAUUAGUUGACUAUUUUAUGACGCAAUUUUCCAUUUCACUCGUGUGGUAUUACCAGCAAUUUCUUGGAAACAGAGAAGAAAAGAUAUCAUACUCCAUAGAAAUGCUUUCGCAUUAUAAUAGUAUAACAAGUGAUUUUAUCCGUUAUCGUCAUUAAUUCUUAUAUGAAUUUCUUGUUAUAAUUCGGUACGCGCCUUUAAUGAGGACAGUUUUUUCAUCAAAAAAAUAAAUGUAAAUAAGUAAUAAAUAGAAAAACCGAGAGAGAACUGACAUUGAUAUGUAACUACCAGUAUUAAGGAUACACGUUUGUCUCGAAAAACGCGCGCGCGUGCGCGUAAUAUUUUUAAUCUUUGAAAAAACUAUUGAUAGAGCGAGUGAUACGUAUUUUUAUUUAUUGCCAAUCGAAUUGUUAUAUAUAUAUAUAUAUUGCUGUGUACGUCGAGGCGAUUUUAUAACUGUAAUAUACAUGUACUAUCUUAAAUAAUAUUAUAAUUAUUGCUAACAAUAUAUGAUAUAUUAUGACAUAUUGUA